GUAGCCGAUAUUUUUGACUCUUUGCUAUGGCUCAGCUAGCGAUGGCGCUGGCAAUGGCUCUGGCCAUGGCGGCGAUUUCUCUCUCCACGGCGCGAUUCCUCGACGAUAGCAGCGCCAUCUCCAUGGUAAUCGACGGGAUCUCUCCUGCGCGAUUCACGGAGCUGCUCGGAGAGGGUCACAAGGUCGCUCGAUUCCACGAAUUCGCUACCAGGCACAAGAGGGUGUAUGGAUCGCUUGUGGAGCUCCGGGAACGAUUUGUUACGUUUUCUCGCAAUUUGGAGCUGAUUGAAGAGACCAACCGGAAGGAACUGCCUUACACGCUUGCUGUGAACCAGUUUGCCGACAUGUCAUGGGAGGAAUUUAAAAAGCACAACCUUUUCAGCUCGCAAAACUGUUCCGCGACCACUACGAACUCUGUCCGAGCGUUCCUUACUCCGCCAUCGAAGAAAGACUGGCGUGAUGAUAAGAUCGUUAGUCCUGUCAAAAACCAGCAACACUGCGGAUCAUGCUGGACUUUCAGCACAACCGGUGCUCUAGAGUCUGCUCACGCUCAAGCCACAGGGAAAAUGGUUGUUCUGUCCGAGCAGCAGCUAGUGGAUUGCGCUGGAGGAUAUAACAACUUUGGCUGCAACGGAGGACUUCCAUCGCAAGCCUUCGAGUACAUCAGGUACAACGGUGGAUUGGACACCGAGGACUCUUACCCCUACACCGGACACGAUGGCAAAUGCACGUACAACCAGAAUUCGAUUGGCGCCAAGGUUUACGACGUGGUGAACAUCACCGAGGGCGCGGAGGACGAGCUUAUCCAUGCGGUCGCGUUCAACAGGCCCGUUAGCAUUGCAUACGAGGUCCUGAAAGACUUCCGCUUCUACAAGUCGGGUGUUUACACGAGCAACGUUUGUGGCACCGGUCCAGACACUGUGAACCAUGCUGUCCUCGCAGUUGGAUACAACAGAGACGCACCAGUUCCAUACUGGAUCAUCAAAAACUCGUGGGGCGAGUCCUUUGGGCUGGAUGGAUACUUUUACAUGGAAAUGGGCAAGAACAUGUGUGGCAUUGCUACUUGCGCAUCGUAUCCUGUUGUGCCAGAAGACUUCAACUAAGAACCGCUAUGGAUAUAGUUCGCUUAUUUAUUCUAUUCAUUCUAUUGUAUGUACAGCUCUGUGUCCUGGAAAUUGUGUAAGAAUUUGCUAGAACUUACGAGCCACCAA